AUGUCGAUGCCGUGGUCGACGAUGCCAGAGGUUGAGAAAGACACAAAACCGGCAGAUCAGGCUUCCAUCGACGCAGGCGAAGUCGUGGAAACUGACGCAGAGUAUGAACGGUAUCUUCAACUCCACCAAGAGUUCGCAGUCAACCAUGGAGCUCAAAAUCGCAGGCUACUGCGCAAGCUCGACUGGCGACUCUUGCCGACUUUGAGCUUCCUCUACCUCAUGUGCUCUUUGGACAAAUCCAAUGCUGGCAACGCCAAGUUGUUCGGUUUCCUGGAAGAUGUCGGAAUGACUUCUGAGCAGUUCAAUCUGGCGCUCAUGUACCUCUUCUUCACAUAUGGACUUUGCGAACCGAUCUCGAAUAUCGCCUUGAGACGACUUGGUCCGAAGAUGUGGUUUCCGUUCAUCGUCACGGCGUGGGGACUGGUCACAACUCUGACUUGUCUCGUCUCCAGCUAUGGCGGUUACAUCGUGAUCCGGCCGAUGCUGGGAAUGACCGAAGCUGGCCUGUAUCCUGGAUCGUACUUCAUCCUGAGUAUGUGGUACACGCCUGCUGAGCUAGCCACUCGAAUGGCCAUCUUCUAUGGAGCCAACACGGCUGCCGGUGCUUUUGGAGGAGUGAUCGCAUACGGCGUCGGCAAUCUUGAUGGCGUUCAUGGAAUGCGAGCUUGGAAGUGGCUGUUCUUGAUCGAAGGCGUCGUUACGAUUGCUGCUGGACUGUGCUGUUUCAUAUUCCUGCCCCAGUUCCCCCAUCAAUACAGUGGGGCCAAGCGCAGCAAAUGGCUUACUGAAGCUGAGUUGGAGUACGCCAAGUUGAGAGUGAAGUAUGCGGCAGGACCCAACCCACCGACUUACAGGUUCCGAUGGAGCGAUGUCACUGCCGCGCUGAAAGAUCGAAAGACAUACUUUAUGAUGAUGCUGUUUUGGUGGGGAGGAAGCGUGCCAACUUACUCACUUUCUUACACCUUGCCGACGAUGGUGAAGAACCUGGGAUACAGUGCCGUGCGGGCACAAGCACUUACAACACCGCCUUACAUCUUCGCGACGUGUAUUUGCGUGCUAGUAGGCUGGCUGUCUGAUCGAUACCAGAAGCGUUAUCUGGCAAUCAUGGGGUCGUACACGCUGGGAUUGAUUGGUAUCAUCGUGUUAUGGAUCACGACUCACUACGAGCAUCUUGCCGGCGUGAGUUACUUUGCCAUAUUCCUCGCCGCGGCUGGGUACUCAGCACAAGCUCCCAUUGUAGGCGCUUGGGCGUCUGUCAAUAUCCCCAACCCUUCAAAGCGGGCUGCCGCAAUCGGAUUCUUGAUGUUGGUGGGUUCCGUCGGUGGUGGGAGUAUCGGGUCGAACAUCUAUCUCGACUCGGAGGCGCCAGUCUAUCCGUUGGGGUUCGGGUUUAGUGUGGCAUGUACAGUCAUCGGUGCCAUGAUUCCUGCUACGAUCCAUUGGUGGCUGAUGAAGAGGGAGAAUUCUAGGAGGAGUCAGAUGGAUGGAAUUCAGGUCCGGCAGCAGUAUUCUGACAGCGCGCUCAGCGAUAUGGGCGAGGACUCGCCGCUGUUCAGAUAUACACUGUGA